AUGUCGUCGAUUCUUCCGCAAGCUGGAGACAAACACCUGCCGGCCCUGCCUAUCGGGACCUCUUCCCUUCAUCAGGACCCUAUCGUCUACAUUGACCGCCAGGCCAGACAGAUUCAGCGUAAUUUACAGAUAUUAAUCGAUGCUCAGAGUGAAGGACUUCUGGCUACUCUUAACGGAUCCCCGCAGAAUGGCGCCAUCUCCGACGGAACUUAUACACCGACCUCGGACACAAGCAGUUCGCAGCGUCCUCCAACUAUACCAAUCCGCCAACCGGCUCCAGAGAAAAUCGGGUUGUCUGCUGCCAGAAAGGGGAUAUUCAGAUCUAUAUACGACCUCUUGAGGCUUCGCGAGGAAGAGCGAGAGAUACUAACCUUCCGGAUUGAUGAAAGGACACAGGCGUUGGCAGAUAUCAAUGGCUUCAAUAUCCAUCGCGCUGGGCUAGAAGAUGCCAUUUCGACUAUUCAGGAUAACCGGGAAAGCCAGCACACCGUUGCCUUGCGCCAGGAAAGUCGCAAGCUUGAGGAGGAUAUACAUGAGAUGGAGACUAGGUUGUCCCAAAUGAAAGCAAGACAUCAACACAUUCUUCGCGAAUUGUCCCAAAUGGAAAACUCUAUUGAAUCGAAACUUUCUUCUUACAGAGCUUCCAUAUCGCUCCUAGACUCGAACGUCCGAAAGUACCUCCAGAAUCCGCCCGUGAAACCUCAAGAUAGCAGCUCCAAAGACGCAACCUUUUAUUCCUUGAACCCUAACCGGCGAACCCUUGAGAUGGCAGAGGAACACUGGCAAAAGGAACAAUCGGAUUUGCGAGAAAGACAACGGGAAGUGGAUGCCGAAAUUGAGGCCCUCGAAGCUGGAGGUGGUGUCUGGAAGCAAGUGAUCGGAGAGGUUUCUGGAUUUGAAAAGCGACUCAAGUCAGCAAUGCGUCUUUCUAUCCAAUCUCAAUCACAACUACUGAACCACGAUGGCCCUUCUGGUAGCAAGUCGGAAGAGGAUCUCGCUCGGACAGUAUUGGAGGACCUGACGCAUACCACAGAGCGCGUAGAAAAUCAUCUAGAGGUUGCAGAGAAUAAAGACUGGAAAUUGCUGGUUUGUUGCAUCUCGGCGGAGCUGCAAGCGUUGCGAGAAGCGCGGCAACUGCUGUUGAAUAUUUUCAAUGUGGCUGAAACAGACAUUUCCCCGUCGGCCGACAAAAGAACUUCGAACGGUAUUCACACUCACGAGGAUCAUGACGCACAUGGAGAUCCCCUUGGUGUUGACAACCCUGAGCCUCCAGCUGAGUUUCUCGAGGAUACUGAGGAGCACCCUCAUGGUGCUGUGUCUCGCUCUGAUGAUGAAGAUGACGAGCCGGAUCCCGCCUGGCUGCUCCCUGAAUCCUGA